CGAAGAAAGUGCGAUAAUUCUGACAUCUUCCCCCAAACCGGACGGUUUGGAGGAAAGAGUUACAUCAUUAACAAGCCUCUCUGCGAAUGGGCAACCACAGCAUCCGCAACAAAUACCGAUGGCGACAAACCAUACUCCAUCGGCAAGAGGUAGGCAUUCUUUGGAAAUGAAGAAAAAUCAGGCACCACCAAUGCCCAAACUUUUACACCCGUAAGUGAAUCGGAAUGGAAUGACUUGUUACAUGGGCACCAAAAAAUCUGCUGAACCGAAUUGCGCCUGAAGUUUCUCGCCCGGACAGUGUAUAUUGGUUCUUUCAUUUUGUGCUCAGUCGCGUGAUCCAUUUUCUCCAUUACUUCUACUUUAUUUGUUUAUUUUCGUCUGUGUCUUUGGAAAAUUCUACUCAUUUGCGGACGCUGCAGUAUUUUGCACAGCUUGCCUUUACAUUUUCGCUUUGGCUUAAAUGGAUUCUUGAGCAAUGUUCUAUUUAGUAAGUUUCGAAUUUUUUUUUCAGUGCUACAAGAAAAUUGAAGGGAAGUUAGAUCUCACUUCUCCUUUUCGCUGAAAACAAACACCGAACGAACGAACGAACCUACCGCUCAACCAACUAUCAUACUCAUACCCUAUAGUGGUCGCAUACAAUGCGGCAGUCGUACAAUUCGGACAAAACGCUUCCUCCUCCACGAUAUAUGCAACAGUUUACUUGAUUUUCAUACCGAUAAGUCAUGCGUUCAUUUCAUUGCUUGUAUUUGGGUGGCCCGAACGAUACGUUCGAUCCCUGAUGAGCAACGCGCCCGUAGGUCUCACAGCAAUCGUAUUGGGAGCAGCCCUGACCGCGUACUUGGACGAAAUCGAAUUCAAUGGAUGGGUGGCUGAUGCCGUGACAGAAUACUGGGCAAUGAUGGGUUACAAGAUAGAGACAACUGAUGCGACAACAGAGCCAACAACGGUUCAGGACGAGGAAUCUCGUGGUGGUGGGGAAUUUUACUCUUCGCUGUUUGUGCUGAUUGUUACUGGUAUUUGGACCUUUGUCUUGUCGGUCAUGGUGAAUGCACCGCAAGAAUCGCAAGAGAAGAAAGAUUUAUAAUGUGGCAAAGGAUCAAAAUCCGCAUCAAGGCAUUCACUUUUUUGCUGUACAAUUUAUUUGUCAUUCGACACUCAAUGCGGUGAACAUCGAAUCAUCAAAAUUGAAGCUUAGACGGAAGCAUUCCCAAUACAUUUAUGCUAUACUA